AUGUCGGCCGCCGCCGAGGAAAUCCGCCGGCUCCUCAUCGCCGGAGUGACCUCCGGGAACCGCCUCCCGCCGCUAGCCGUCAAGCUCCUCCACGGCCGGCUCCUCCGCCUAGACCUCCUCGCCGACCUCUCCCCUCUCCUCCUCCGCGCGCUCUCCUCCUCGGGCGUCCACCUCCACGCCCUCCGCCUGCACUCCCUCCACUCCAGCCCCUCCCAGUCCAACCUCACCCUGCCAUUCGCGCUCAAGUCCGCCUCCCGCCUCCCGGACCCUCUCCCCGCCGGCGAGCAGCUCCACGCCGCCUCCGUCAAGCUUCCUUCCCACUCCAACCCGCACGUGCUCACCUCCCUCCUCGCCCUCUACGCCAGAUGCGGCCUCCUGCGGCACGCGCGGGCCGUGUUCGACGAAAUGCAAUGCCCCAGCAUGGUCUCCUGGAGCGUGCUCAUCGCCGCGUACAUGGACGCGGGGCGCGUCAGGGAGGCCGUCGCUGUCGCGAGGGAUGCGUUCGCCGGCGGCAUGCGUCCGGACAGCUUCACGGCCGUGCGGGUCCUGACGGCGUGCGCGCGGGUCACAGACCUUGGCACCGGGGAGGCGGUGUGGAGGGCGGCGGAGCGGGAGGGGAUCGCGGGCAGCGUGUUCGUGGCGACCGCGGCGGUGGACUUGUAUGUUAAGUGCGGCGAGAUGGCCAAGGCGAGGGAGGUGUUCGACAAGAUGCCGGAGAAGGAUGCAGUGGCUUGGGGCGCUAUGGUUGGGGGUUACGCUUCCAACGGGCAUCCCCGGGAGGCUCUGGAGCUCUUCCUUGCGAUGCAGGCUCAGCGAGUGAUGCCGGAUUGCUACACAGUGGCUGGGGCGCUCUCGGCGUGCACAAGGUUGGGUGCACUUGAUCUGGGACGGCAGGCAGUCGGGAUGGUGGACUGGGAUGAGUUUCUCGACAACCCUGUUCUUGGGACUGCGCUGAUUGAUAUGUACGCCAAGUGUGGGAGCACAGGCGAGGCGUGGGUCGUGUUCCAGCAGAUGAGGAAGAGGGACAUCGUCGUUUGGAACGCGAUGGUCUUGGGGCUCGGCAUGACUGGACAUGGUAAGGUCGCGUUUGCCCUUGUCGGUCAGAUGGAGAAGUCAGGCAUGAGACUGAAUGACAAUACUUUCAUCAGCCUUCUCUGCAGCUGCACUCAUACUGGCCUUGUACAGGAUGGACGGCGCUACUUCCAUAACAUGGCUCAGUUAUACCGUAUCACUCCUAGGAUUGAGCAUUACGGAUGUAUGGUCGACCUGUUUAGUCGCGCUGGGUUGCUCCAGGAAGCUCGUCAGCUCAUCGAUGACAUGCCAAUGCCGGCAAAUGCUGUCGUGUGGGGUGCACUUCUUGGUGGCUGCAAGAUUCACCGAGAUGCAGAGCUUGCAGAACAUGUCUUGAAGCAGCUCAUCCUGCUAGAGCCCUGGAAUUCAGGGAACUAUGUCAUGCUCUCCAACAUAUACUCUAACAGCGGGAGAUGGGAGGAUGCCGCAAAGCUUAGAUUGGACAUGAAGGCGAAAGGGGUCGAGAAGGUCCCUGCAUAUAGCUGGGUUGAGUUUGAUGGUAAGGUCCACGAGUUCCGUGUUGGAAACAAGUCACAUCCCCUCAUGGAUCAAAUUUACAAAAAGCUCGAUGAAUUAGGCAUGGAAAUAAAAGCCAUGGGUUACAGACCAACUACUGAUGUGGUGAUGUUCGACGUCGAAGACGAGGAGAAGGAGCACACUCUAGUUCAUCACAGCGAGAAACUUGCCAUUGCAUUUUGCCUUCUCACCACCAGACCAGGGGAGGCCAUCAGGGUCACCAAGAACCUCAGGGUUUGCACUGACUGUCACACUGUUAUUAAACUUAUAUCGAGGAUAACUCAUCGGGAGAUCAUAGUGCGGGAUAACAACCGAUUUCAUUGUUUCAGAGAUGGCUGUUGCUCUUGCAAUGACUACUGGUAGAAGUAGAAAAUGAUGUCUAGUUACAAUUUUGAGCAGCAUGGAGUCAUCUCCGUUUGACUUGUAAACUAAAGUUAGCUAGAUUUGUAGUUACACAAAAGUCUAGCAGAUAGAUACCUUUUUUUUUCACUAGCGUUUCUGCUGGAAGGAACCAGAAGGUGUUGGUUUGUUUGUUCUUACGUGUAACUAUAAUUCAUUUCAGAAAUUAAAAUGUCUCCAUGUUGAUGAA